UCACCAACCCCAACUUCUCCCUUUACCUCUCUCAAUCAUUUCAAUUGCCUCGACAAGUUCAGAGCGCUCGCCUCACGCUCUAUAUAACCAAAAGCCAUCAGCAAUGGCCGACGUUGCAACUCCCAACACUUCGAAGGUGACCACGAGCGAUGCCCCCACAGAGGGCAAGCAGCAGUUCGUGAGGCCAGAGAAGCCAGAUGAGGACGCAUAUAAGGAGAACCUCGCUAAGGCCGAAAAGGCCCACGCGAGUGCCCAAGAGAAGUUUAACGCCGUUAAAGCAAAGUUCGACCUUGCCCGACCCAACAACAAGGACAGCCCGAAUGCGAAGCGCCAGCAGGAGCUCAAGACCGAGCUCAACCAGAUUCGCCAGACACAACAAGGCAACAAGUCCUCCCGCAGCGCAGUCCACGAGCGCAUCAAGAAACUCGAUGAGCAACUCAAGUCCCGCUUGAACGAGCUCAAGACAGCCAAGGGCAAGGUUAACUACAAGUCUACGGAUGAUGUUGACCGAGAGAUCGCUCAUCUUCAGAAGCAGGUCGAUACUGGAACCAUGAAGUUGGUUGACGAGAAGAAGGCUCUUACUGAGAUCACCAACUUGAACAAGCUCCGCAAGAACUUCUCCACAUUCGACUCGCAGCAGAAGGGCAUUGACGAUGUCAAGGCUCAGAUCGCUGAGCAGAAGAAGCUCUUGGACGAUCCCGAACAGAAGGCCCUCAGCGAAAAGUACACCAAGUUGCAGACCGAGUUGGAUGGUCUCAAGGCGGAGCAGGAUGAGGCUUUCAAGAGCAUGAAGGAACUCAGGGACCAAACGGACAAGGCUCGCGCCGAUCAGCAGGCCAAAUACCAGGCAAUCAAGCAGCUCAAGGAUACCUACUAUCAGCAGAAGCGAGCUUUCUCCGACUACGACUACCAGGCCCGCAAGGCGCGUCAAGAGCGCAGGCGUCAAGAGCAGUUGGAGUGGCAGGCCGGUAAGCGCAAAGAGGCCGCCAGCAAGCGUCUUGAGGAGGCCAGCGCCCCUGCCUACCAGGACGAGAUUCUUGCUUGCGAAGGUCUCAUUCGCUACUUCGAUCCUUCUGCUCUCCCCGCAAAAGAGAGCGCUGUCGCAAGCAAAUUCGCUGCAUCCGCCCAGCGCACCGUUGACGACUCCGGCUUCAAGGGCACUCGUUUGUCCAAGAAGGAUGACGACGAGGAGUCUUACUUCGUUGGUGGCGGUGGAAAGAAGAACAAGAAGGGAAAGAAGGGCGGUGCGGCACCUGCAGCCCCCGCAGAGGCCAAGUUCAACCUCAGCAUCGGCGUCAUUGAAGAGCUGUCUAAGGUUGGCGUUGACGCACCCUCCAGCCAGGCUGAUGUUCCUGCGACUGUUGAGAAGCUCAAGGCCAAGCUUGCCCACUGGAAGGAGGACCAGGACCGCAAGACGAAGGAGAAUAUUGCAAAGGCACAGAAGGAGAUCGAUCGCCUCGAGGCAGAGGACGCUGAAGAGGACCAUGGCGCAAAGGAUACCGCACGCAAGCCUAGCCAAAAGAAUCAGGCUGUCAAUGGUGAUGCUGUGGACGCAGCUGCCGAGCUAGAGCAGGAGAAGGACGGCGCAGCUGAUGCCGCCGAAGAGCUCAAGAAGGCCAAAAUCGAGGACAGCACCACUGCAGAGUCAUAAAAGCUCUAGCAACGAUUCGGCUGGCGCGUGCCAAACAGCCGUGAUGGGGGAAACUCUUUGCAUCUGUUCAAGAUAUUCCGGUGACUAAAGAUUUGACCUGGGGACAUCUUGGACAAAAGCAUAUUGUUAUCAUCUUGAAGCGUUACAUUUGUUCGUCUACAGCUCCCAUCACACACCUCUUCAUCUCCUUCUAUCCAUUUUCCAAAAAAAGGUACACUUUCUUGUGGCAUCAUUUACACGCCGUAGAGGUUUUCCUGGAUACCUAUGAAUUUAUCAAAUGCAUCUCCUUCAUCUCACA